AUGCUCAAGUUUGCAUCCUACUAAUAGCAGUUUCUAGGACAGCUUGCUUUUCCUGGAUAGGUAACAUUAAUGGACUUACGAAUGACGAAAGUCCAGAUUGUGAAAGGGGUGGAUCCAGCUUCAUGAGAUAAAAGAAGGCCGGCAGGUAAAAAACUUCAUCUGCCACUUUCUUUCCCUCUAUCUCGUGCUCAUGUGUCGCGACGUCGAACCCCUCGUGAAACCAGUAAAUCCACCGUUCCCCUUGGACGAUUCAUUAUACUGUCUAGAAGCCGAGGAGAUUUCCUUCUUCAAAAGACAAACUAACAUUCAAGAUGAACAAGCCUUGAAGACACAUAUUAUCGAUGUGCAGAAGGCGGCAUACAAGGUGGCUCCCUAUGCUUGCAUCCGAGGAUUUGAUUUUGUGCACCCAAACAUCUCUAAACUCCAUAAUUACGACCACAUUUUGAAGCGUGGCUCUAAAGGAGCAAUCUUGCUCGAUAUCGGUUCUUGUCUUGGUGUCGACGCUAGGAAGGCAAUUGAGGACGGGUUUCCGGCCCAUAAUAUCAUCUCUUCUGACAUCAAAGAAUCAUUUUGCGAGCUGGGGUGCAAGCUCUUUAAAUCAAGCUCGGAACCAAGUUGCUUUAUUCCUGGCGACAUAUUUGACCCCGCAUUUCUAUCGAUUGCGCGGCCAACCAGCUCUGUCCCAGAGGAUACCAUGCUGGACAUCCAAACGGUGCGAUCAUUAAACGACCUUCGCGGUCGCGUCGGUGUCGUCCACAUUUCCAAAGUAUUUCAUCUAUUCGACGAGGAGAAACAACUUGAACUUGCUCGCGCCUUGGGAGGUUUGCUAUCCUGCGAACCUGGCUCCAUAAUCUGCGGCAAUCACGUAAUUGGGUCGGAGAAAGGCAUCGUUCAUCUUACGCUGCUUGGCGUCGACAUCACCUACUUCUGCCACUCCCUCGAAACUUGGACUAUGUUAUGGGAUGGCGUCGUGUUUGAAAAGGGUCAAGUAAAGGUCGAGACGAGCACAUCAAGCAUUGACACAGGCGGCAUUGCUUUCCCUGUCUUAUAUUGGUCUGUUACGAGACUCUGAAGGUAAAUUUUGUGGAAGAGCACAGACGGUUUACAUAAAUACCGAGAGCAAUCUAACCUUCCGCUAGUCACCCUGCCAGUACCGCACAUUGCCAAGUUACUAUUAAAAUUUGAAAUAGCAUAUUCGCUCUUGCCGCAAUGAUAUGCAGUAUGCAUGACCGACUGAUAUGUGUGCUCGCAUGUUGGCAAGAACGCUUGUCAGACCAAGGAUACCGACACUUGGAGUCAGCCCAGGGUGCGCUGUCUAGAAUUGUCAUUUUUGAUGGUAUACUUGGUUGGCAGCCGAUUGGCGGUA